AAAUUUGAACAUAACAAGUAUAAAUUUAAACAGCUGAGUUACUACACCAAAAUGAAAAUUCUAAUUAUUUUAUCAGCCGCUUUUUUGGCCGUUAACGCACUGUCCAUCGAGCCACAAUGGAACCAAUUCAAGAUCACUUACAACAAACGCUACGAAACCUCCGAAGAGGAGCAGCUUCGCUUCAACAUCUACCAAGACAACCUGGAAAAGAUCAAUCGACACAACCGUAGGUACGAAGCCGGGCUGGAAACCUACACCAUGACAGCCAACAAAUUCGCCGAUUUAACCCAAACCGAAUUCGGCGACAUGCUCAGAUCGCAGUCCGGAAGUUUACCGGAAUUCGAGUUCGAGAAACGCCCGUCCGACGAGCCAACUCCCAUUCCCGAUUCCAUCGAUUGGAGGGAGACCGAUAAAGCCGUGCUGCCGGUCAAAGAUCAAAACUACACCGGAUGCAACUCCGGCUGGGCCUUCAGCGCUACCGGCGCUUUGGAAGGGCAAAACGCUAUCAAAAACAACGCCAGAACCCCGCUCAGCGAGCAGCAAUUGAUCGAUUGCGACGAAGCAAGCCAAGGAUGCGAUGGUGGAAGUGUUGCCAAUGCUAUCCAAUAUGUUAUUAAAAACGGUCUAACCAGCGAAACCGAUUAUCCUUACCUAGGUAACCAGACGAUAUGCCAGGCUCAAAACACCACCAUCACCGCCAAGGCGCUAGUUACCCUCGACAAAACCGAAGCUGAUCUUCAACAAGCUGUCGGUUCGGUGGGUCCGAUAUCCGCAGGGAUGUACUUCGAUCUUCUUCAAUUUUACGAAGGUGGCAUCUUCCAUUCUGACUUUUGCUUCAACGAGGAAGCUAUACUAGAUCACGACGUGCUGGUGGUUGGUUACGGUAGCGAGUACAGCGAAGAGUUGAAAGAAGAGAGAAAAUAUUGGAUCAUUAAAAACUCGAUGGGACAGGAUUGGGGCGAGAAGGGAUACGUCAGGCUGGCGAGGGACGCCGAUCAAUGCGGCAUCGCUUUGAGAUGCUCCUAUCCGAUUUUGUGAAUAAAAUGAGGGAGUUUUAUUUAUUUCGAA